ACUUUAUCAUCUAAACAAUUUAUAUGCGGGAAGGAUUUCGUGCAGCUCCACGGUGAUACAUGACGACCAACCACAAAAUACACACUGGAAACAUGGCGGUCAAAGAAGUGUUGCAGUAUGUGGCGGUGCUGCAAACCGUUAUUGAAAUCCCAAACUGUUCAUUUUUUUGCAUUGAAGCUUCCCAUCCGAGCCAUUUCUGUUGCAUUAAGCAACUUUAGAAAAAUGACCGAACAACCAUUGUUAGGUGGUUCAGGCGCUGAGUAUGCACAUUUAUCUACAUUGUUCCAACAAGUCGGUGAAUAUGCAUCUGAAAAUUCUAACUACUUCAAUCAAAAACAGAAGAAUGGACAUACAGAUUAUACAAAGUCCUUUCAAACAAUCUUAAAUGUUUUGGAUCCACUGCAGAUUUCGUUAGAGGUUGUGACUAACUGUUGUGGAAAAUUUGAUAUUAGUCCAACUUGUAAAGGGAAUGGUUAUCGAAGUAUAAUCAGUAUUGUUGAAUCCUGCCUAAUCAAAAUUUUACAACUAUCAAUGCAAAUACAGAAAAGCAGAGAAAAAUUAUUUUUUCGUUCAUAUCAUGUUUAUAUGGAACUUGAAUCCUACACUCAAGUUUUGUCUCGCUUACUUACAGUUGUCCAUUUGACUAUUGUGUUGUUAGAUUACAGUGAUGUUGGUUGUUUGUUUCCACAUGAUAACAUUGUUGAAGAUUUGUUGGUAGAUUUUGAAAAAAUCAGUCGAGAAUGUUUUUACGGAAGAAGUUUUGGCUUCCAGUACUCCGAAUCGGUCCGUCAGUCAUUACAAGUAGUUGCGGUUGCAUUAGCUGCUUAUGGAGAUGGGUAUAUCAGACAUAACCAUUCAUUUGCACGUGCACUUUCAUCCAUGCUACACAGUGGUAAAUAUGUUGUUGAUCCUGAGUUGCGUGCCAAGAGAAUUACUGAACUUACCCAAAAUGCUGAUAUAGAUUUUUGCAGGGCAUUUUGGUCACUGACAGAAGAACAUGGUGUUCAGCAUGCACCAUUGUUAAUGUGUCCAGCCAUGGCAGUGAAUUCUGAAUUCUUGAUCCCAACUGAUCCAGUAUCGUAUACUAAUGCAGAUGGAAAACUAGUCACUGUCAAAUUUCCUGAUGAAUAUGCACAACAUCGAGGAGUUAAGGUCCGGUUGUUGUCAUAUGCAUGGCGGGAAGGUCAGAAUUUCAGUGAAAAGGAGAAAUCAAUCACGUCGCUGGGACCGAAACCAAGUCCCAAAUCGAGAUAUCUGAUGCUGCAUUGCCACGGAGGAGGGUUUGUUGCACAAUCUUCAAAAUCACACGAAAUGUAUUUGAGAUACUGGGCUAAAGAAUUGAAAAUACCAAUACUAUCUAUUGAUUACUCACUUGCGCCUGAUGCGCCCUAUCCUCAAGCUUUAAACGAGAUUUACUUUGCUUACGUGUGGGCGUUAAAUAAUCUGCACAAACUUGGAACAACAGGAGCGAAAAUAUGUUUCAGUGGUGAUUCAGCUGGUGCGAACUUAGUAACUGGUCUUGCAUUGAAAAUUGCCGAGGCAAAUCUUCGUCUUCCUGACUGUCUAGUAGUAGCUUACCCACCCUACCGUGUCCAGUUUCUACCAUCACCAUCGCGUAUACUGUGUCUUAUGGACCCCUUACUACCGUUGGGUGUCUUGAAGUCAUGUAUUGAAGCGUAUGUUGGAGGGGUGCAAAAAUCGAAAACCAUAAAACGAAUUAACUCCGUCAGUUAUGGCGGAGAGGCAUAUAACGCAUUUGAUAUUGACAUAGGUGCCGAACAGAACUGGUUCCCGUACAAUCAAUAUAAGUUGGAUCACUCUCAUUCGUUUUCCGAAUCGAAUUUAAAUACGAUCAAAACACGUCUCUUUUUGAAACAUCAAAUCUUAGAAGAAGACCAGGAAAGCUUUUAUAGUGAAUUUCCGUAUUCUGAAACUUCAUCGUCUGUGAUGGAGUGUGACGACCUUUCUUUAAACGGAACAAACCCGGAAGUGUCAGAGGAUGAAUUUAUUUCGUUUUCUGCUAAAAAAGAAUACGAUGAUCAACCUAAAGCAACAAAUGCGAUAGAGAACUUAGAAUCUUCGUUUUUAUCUUCUUUUACUUCGCAAGUUUCCACGAAGGUCCAAGACCUGACCUCAGGAGUGGCAAAUUACAUAUACGGAAAGGAUAGUAUUACUAGUGCUAAAGACUUGCUUCCAUUGGAAAAUGGUGGUAUAACCUCUGCGGUGAAGGACAUUAAAUCGUCCGCCAAAAUGGUUAAAAGCACAACGCGCAGUCUAUCUUGUAACGACGUAGUUCAAAACAAUAUCGGUGGUGUGUACGGUAUUAAAACUCAAAAAAAUAACGAUUCACAGCCGCAAAAUGAUUUUGAUGCUCAAAGUAACACAACAAAUAAAAGGAAUGAAAUUUCGAAUAGAAAAGAUGAAACUUCGAAUAACGUUGAGAAAAAGGAUAAAAACCCUAAAUCGUCUUUCUUCAUAUGUAAAGAAUGUUUACACUCGUCCGCGAGUUGUUGUUGUUGCACGACGAAUAAACGAAAGUUGGAUUAUCAUCGAAAAGUUUACGACCAUCACUAUCGUUCUUCACACCAUCAUAAAAACGAACUGCAUCACACGAGUAAAACACGCUCAAGGAGUUAUACGGAUUGUGUCGAGUCGUGUUCACACGACACGAAGUUAAGACGCAGUCAGUCUUUAAGAGUAAAUAGAGGUGUUUCGAAAGAGACAGAGUUGUACGAAACUAAAAAAACAGAAACUUUAUCCUCGCAAAAAUCACGUUAUGAGGGAUUGACUUUAAAUUUGCAGUCUGAGAAGAACAGCGAGUGUGCUAAAAACUCGCCGAAGCUUGACUCGCCAAAACUUGACUCACCAAGAAUAGUCUACGAUAAGGCAACUGAGAGCUGUGUGAUUUUAACACCGAGGGAAGAGAGCAAGCUGAACGAUGACACUCCGACGGUAGAAGCGGUUGAUAGUAUGAUAAAAGCUUUUCAAGACGGAAAGGACCCCUAUUUGUCACCAUAUCUGGCGAGUGACGAGUUAUUGAAGAAGCUACCUCCUAUCACCAUCGUGGCAUGCUCACUGGAUCCAUUAUUUGACGAUUCUGUCGAAUUCGUGCGCAAGUUACACAAGUUAGACCAACAAGCUGAACUGUACGUACUCGACAAACUUCCGCAUGGUUUUUUAAACUUUCAAGUGUUCAGUGGUGAAGCCAGGGAAGGAUGCGAUCUACUGAUUGCCUGCAUAAAAAAGUCGCUUAAAAUGGGAAUGCGACGAGAAGAUUCUUCGACGUCAUUUAAGUCCAAAUCUGUGUCGUAAUAGACCUUUCCCGAAUUUCCUAAUUAUACCAAACUCAAUUAAAGCGGUCGAUACUAAAAAUGAUUCUUAUACAUUAGUUCCUUAGCAAAAGGUGGAACACAUUACCUAAUUUCGUAUAUUUCUGUUCGUUAAGUGCCUUAAUUUCGAGCUGAAAGUUACGGUCAAACCCUUCAUAUAGCCGAGCUUUCCAAAAUUAGCCUUGUUUUCAAAAUAAUUAUUUUCUUCAGAUCUAAAUAAAAUUCAACCACAAUCUUAUAUUGUUCUAAAAACUUCAUUUUUUAUGAUUAUUUAAUGUUCUAUCUGAAUAUCCUUAUUUGAAGAACACAAACAUUAUAAAAUUUUGGAUGACGUCAUAAUUAUUAUAAUUUAUGAAAUUCGGGAAAGGUGUAUUUGAAGUGGAAGUCAUGCACAUUAAAACAGAACAAGCUUCACGGCGUAUUUUUUAUGUUUUUAUUUCGAAUUAUUUAUCUUGGUUAUUUAUCGUCUGUGUUUUCUCAGUGUAAGUGUUGUUCUGUAAAUUACACAUUUGCAUAGUGUUGAAUUCUAUUUAUGAGCUUUGGAGGUUGUUUGUGCGGUUCGUUUUAUAAAGAAAUUUAUUUGGAUGUUAACUUCCUAUGCAAAAAAUUCAAACUCUCAAGAUACCAACACAUUCCAGUUAUCAACUAUCAAACGCCCCAAAAAUAUUAAAAAAGGCCGUCUCUAGUAAACACCCUCCGGUAAUAAACGCCCGCCUGUAAUAAACGCCCCUUUAGCCGAAAAGAGGCGUUUAUUAGAGUUUUCUUUCUUCAAGCAACCUAAGGGCGAUAAAAAUAAGAUUGUUUGUUAAAGCUUUCUAUUAGCUAUAUUUCAGUUAUAAAAAGGGGAACACUGACUUAUAAGUUUUGAAAUAAUGAGUUUUCAUGCAAGUUUUAUUUUAAAUAAAAUCUUUCAAAGUAAUUUCAUAGUAUGGUUUUAAAAAUUACAGUGCUAUUUAGUCAAUUUGGGAGGUUAAAAUUUCAAAACAAUUCUGCCAAUGUUGGGGUGAUUUAGCAGAAUUUAACCCCCUCGAUGCGUUUAUUAGAAUAAUUUACGGUAUAAAAGUCAACUAAUAAGGCAAAGGGUCCAUAAAUUUUACAAUCUUGCUCCUUCAAAUAAAAACAUGUGGUUGCGCGUCUGACUUGUGAAGGAGUUAUAGGAUUGGUUGUUUCGGUUAUUGUAAAUGCGAUUUUAUUAUAUUAUCUUAAUUUUACUUGGUUGAAAAAUACGUCCUUGACACGAUGAGGCUGUAAUGUUCUUACUCUUAUUCCAUCUAGCAGGGUUUUCACGUCUUUUUAAAACUUCUUCGAGUUUUCUAAGCUUCCAUAAAACUCCACUCAAAUCUCUAAAAGUAGAUUUUUUAACAACUUCUCAAUCUCUUUAAUUUUCUUUUCGCAAAACUAUAUUGUUUGUCAAAUAUUUUUAUAGUUAGAAUGCAUGGAAAUGCUACAUUAUUCAACAGUAAUUUGUUCUUCACUCGUAACCUUACUUUACCUUUAAAAUCUCCUGAAAUAUUCUCAAUUAUUUGGAAAAAUAUUAAACGCCCUCAAUACGGCUAUCUUCUUAAAAAAAGCUUAAGAUUUCCCAUCAAAAAUCCUUAAACCUUCUUAAGUUUGUACUCUAUAAAAAGUUUAUACUCUAUAAAAAGUUUAUACUCUAUAAAAAGUUUAUACUCUAUAAAAAGGUGGUAAACCUGUGUAGAGAAUGUCUUUAUGUUCUUAUAAAAAGCGCACAAGAAGAUUUUAUUUUGUUGUAUAAAUUGUAUACGAAGUAAGUUUAUUUUUAUCAUUGCAUAGUAUUUGAAAGUGUUAUCUGUAUAAAUGCAUUUAUUCUCUAUA